CAACAAAAAACAAAAAAGAAAGGCUUAUUACAAAACAUAACCUACAAAAAUGGAUCUAUCGUUACCAUUUUCUCUCUCCAUUGUCUGAUCAUCUGCUUCUUCCUACUACGCCGCCGUUUUGAUCACCUUCUUUUUCUUCUUACCCAGAUUUUUCUGCUUCCAUCGGUAGAUGUUUAGUUUUAUUGCGGACAACGUGUAAGAAGAUCAGGACUUAUUGUUCUUGUCCUAGGAAUGGCUUCUGUGGGUGUGGCACCUGCUGGUUUGAGAGAAGCUAGUGGCCAUAAUGCCGGUGUUGAUAAGUUACCUGAGGAGAUGAAUGACAUGAAAAUUAGGGAUGACAAAGAAAUGGAAGCUACAGUAGUUGAUGGUAACAGUACGGAGACUGGCCAUAUUAUAGUUACAACAAUUGGUGGUAGAAAUGGCCAGCCAAAGCAGACUAUAAGCUACAUGGCCGAGCGUGUUGUUGGGCAUGGAUCAUUCGGUGUUGUAUUUCAGGCAAAAUGCUUGGAGACGGGUGAAACAGUUGCAAUAAAGAAAGUUCUUCAAGACAAGAGGUAUAAGAACCGUGAGCUGCAAACCAUGCGUCUUCUUGACCACCCAAAUGUUGUCUCCUUAAAGCAUUGUUUCUUUUCAACAACUGAAAAGGAUGAGCUAUAUCUCAAUUUGGUUCUUGAGUAUGUGCCUGAAACUGUUCAUCGGGUGAUUAAACACUACAACAAGUUGAAUCAGAGAAUGCCCUUGAUAUAUGUAAAACUUUAUGCAUACCAGAUCUUCAGGGCAUUGUCUUACAUCCACCGUGCAAUUGGAGUGUGCCACAGAGACAUUAAACCUCAAAAUCUUUUGGUAAAUCCGCAUACUCAUCAGGUGAAAUUGUGUGAUUUUGGGAGUGCAAAAGUCUUGGUAAAAGGAGAGCCAAAUAUAUCUUAUAUCUGCUCCAGAUAUUAUAGAGCACCAGAGCUCAUAUUUGGAGCAACCGAGUAUACAACAGCUAUCGACAUCUGGUCCGCUGGCUGUGUUCUUGCCGAGUUACUGCUUGGACAGCCCCUAUUUCCCGGUGAAAGUGGAGUAGACCAGCUUGUUGAAAUUAUUAAGGUUUUGGGCACUCCAACAAGGGAGGAAAUUAAAUGCAUGAACCCGAACUAUACAGAGUACAAAUUUCCACAGAUCAAAGCUCACCCAUGGCAUAAGAUAUUCCACAAACGCAUGCCUCCAGAAGCUGUAGACCUAGUCUCAAGACUACUGCAAUACUCUCCUAACUUACGUUGUUCUGCUCUGGAUGCCUUGACCCAUCCCUUUUUUGACGAGUUACGUGAUCCAAACUCACGCCUGCCUAAUGGACGUUUCCUUCCACCGAUACUUAACUUUAAAGCCCACGAAUUAAAGGGUGUCGCAGCGGAGACUUUGGUGAAAUUGAUACCAGAACAUGCAAAAAAGCAAUGUGCCUUUCUGGGAUUAUGAUUCAGUAUAAAAUGAUGAAAUGUAACAGAAUUUUCAUGGCAAGCAUGUGGAAGCUAUGGUGUUUGAUUCCUCUAUAUCUAUGCUAUUUGGUUAAGUUUGUAUCCUUGGUUUAUUUUAAAUGUGCUUUUGGUGUUAUUGUUAUUAUGUAGAAGCUGAUUUAGAGACAUAUUGUACUUGAUGAUGAUGAUUUGCCCGAGCCUCCAAGGGUAGUGGUCUGAUUAGUACUUGUUAAUCCUGUACUGAACAUAUUGUAAGAUUACUAUAGCAGACCAAUAUCAAAUGUCCUAUCCUAUCUA